GGUACAAUACCUAUACUUACAACGAGAGCGCCCACACCGAACGUGUCCCAGAUGAGAUUCUGUCUGUCAGAUACGAAGAUGGGAAGUGGUCGAAACCGUACUACGACUGCGGCGGUGGAAACAUCUGGAUGCUCACAUAUACCGUUCCCUUUUUCGGAUACAACAACAACACCUACUUCUUCAAGGGGACGAGCGGUAUUGACAUAGAUCUGCGAAGGGUCGACAUAGACCAGUGUCCUUUGCCAGCCGACAGUACUCAGCUUAACAUCUUCGCAGCAUCAGACAAAUGCAAGAAAAGGACAACGGAUUGCGUGCCGCUUCCUGGAUUGGGCUUCAGACGAGGCAGCUACAAGUGCGUGUGUCGGAGCGGCUAUUAUUUUCCUGACACGAAAGCCGAACGUCGUUACUAUAAUGGGACCGUGAUCGAGGAGGAAUACGAAAAACUGAUGAUGGGCGAGAAGAACCAUUACUCGACGAGUGGGAUAUUCGAGUGUCUGCCGUGUCCCGAAGGGUGCGAAUCCUGUGAAGACGAUCGUCCCUGCGUAGUUUCAUUGAACUGGGUAACGAGAUCGGCCAUUUUGGCACUCUCCUGUGUUGUCAUAUGUUGCCUACCCAUCGUCGUCGUCUUUACUUGGAAAUAUGGGAACGUUAAGUGUGUCUCCAAGAGUGAACAAUUAGAGACGUGGUUCUACUUCGACCGUCUCGAAGCGAACGGAACAAAUUACUCCCACUUGCAGAAAAUGUAA